AUGGCGGACGUUGGGGAGCGGCUGGAGGUGGGUGAUGACUUGCCGGGUGGGCUGAUUUCGGCCCGUGAUCUCAAGGAAAAGCGGGAGGCCGAGGCUCAGGCGGAAGCUGAGGCACAAGCGGCGAAGCAGGCUCGAGCUGCGGCGGCGAAGGAGGCAGCGUUUGCCGCACCCGAGGUCGUCGUCGCCGGUGGCAAGUACACGCGGCCGGACUGGGCCGCCACCGUCCCUUCGGGGUACAAGCUAGAGGUUCUCAAGAAGGGCGUUAUUCUGGGAACCAUCCCACUGCGUGGCAAGGAUCACUUUGUCUUAGGCCGGGCUCCUGAUGCAGACAUCAAGGCUGAGCACGAAUCCAUCUCUCGCUAUCAUGUCGUGCUUCAAUUUUGCAACGACGGUUUUUUCUACAUCUACGAUCUCGAGAGCACCUAUGGCACCAAGCUCAACAAGGCGCGCCUCAAUCCCAGGCGCCAUAUCAAGUUGCGCAUUGGUCAAUUGUUUCGACCUGGAGAAAGGUUCGGGCGCAGCACGAGUUGUCUUCAUAGUGCUCUCACGCGCGACUCUAACCGUUGUGUUCUGGCAAAAAUGAAGAUGGGCCAGAUGAUGAAUCGGAGACUUCUGUCUGGUGCGCGCGCCUGCAUGUGUGUGUGUGUGUGUGUGUGUGUGUGUGUGUGUGUGAAAAAAGCUUUUGCAUCUUCUAUCGGCACAAACUCGUCCAAGCUAAUCGGCUACUCGGGAUCGUCAUACGUCGAUGACCGUGUCCUUGAUGACAUUGAUGAGGAGGCACUUUUGGCGGGCGGCGAUGCUGCAUUGCUGGCGGAUGCUCGAGCGGGCUAUGGCCACGCUGAUCAAGAGGGAGAGGAUGGGAAAGUGCCAUUUUUCGUCAAGGACCCCAAAAAGGCGCUCAAGGUGUUUUUUGAUCGCUACGGCGAGGUGCCAAAAUAUACGGUUGAAUCACAGAAGGAGGGCCGCCAACGAUUGCACAUGGCAACCUUGGAGCUGCCCUUGAAGACCAUAUCCGGCAAUCCCAUCACCAUCACCGCCUCAAGUGACACCAAGGGCAAGGAAGCGGUGGUGCAAUGUGCUCUCAAGGCGUGUCGCCUUCUCCACUCACGUGGGUUAUUGCUUGAGCACACGGCCAAGCGUCAAAAGCGCAGCAAGGAUAGUGACGACGAUUCAGACGAUUUUUUUGACCGCACAAGCGAGCUUCAGCGCAAGCGUGAGCGUCGGAUGGCAAAGAAGGGCGGUGCCCCCAAACAAGCCGAGACCUACGAGUCUUUGCUGGAAAAGCGCGCCAAGAUGGUAGCGGAGCGAAGCUCGUUGUUGGCGCAGAUCCAGGCGCAGGAAGCCGAAGCUGCAACGGCGAUCAAGGCCGGGGAUGCAAUGGACGAGUACAUGCAAAGCUUGGCGGCAAACACGGCCGCUGCAUCUGCAAAGCAGCUGAAGCGAGAGGUUCAACAACUGGACAAACAGAUUGAGAAUACUGACAAGUUUAUCGAGCUGCUCAAACCGGCGCUUGUCCCCCUCGCUAACACCUCUGCCUCGGGCACGGCUUCGACAACAAACGCCAGCUCAGAGCAGCCAGAGGCGGUUGGUGAAGUGCAGCCCUUGGGCUCAGCUCGCGCCAAUGCCGACUCAAAGAGUUCUGAACAGCCAACCGCAACCGGGGUGCAGGAAAGUGGCGCCGAUCGUCGAUCAAAGGCGCGAGCAUUGAUGUCUUUUGACGACGAAGACGACGAGGAGGACGGUGCAUCAAGGGCAGCACGCCUGCGCGAGGCGAUGGCAGAGGCCGCAGCUCAGCCAGCACCGAAAUAUGCGCGUGCGGACCACGAUGAAGCGUCUACUCAAUCAGUUCCAACAGCACCAUCAUCAGCACCAUCAUCAUCAGCGUCCGCGGCGCCGUCGCAGCCCCCUCGACGACAUCCGGCACUUGAGGCUGCUCUCAACCCCAGCGAGGCUGAGGCUGAAGACAGUAGCUUGAGUCGCCGCCUCGAUAAUAACGCGACUUAUCAGGAGUGGCGGCCCCCGACAAACCAAAAAGGUGAUGGACGCAACUCGCUCAACGCCAAGCUGGGAUACUAG